AUGGAAGCUCUAAUGCUUAUCUUCACGUUCUGUUUCAUAGUUCUCUCUCUCAUAUUCCUCAUCGGAAGAAUCAAGCGAAAGCUCAACCUUCCUCCGAGUCCUGCAUGGGCGUUACCAGUGAUCGGUCACCUCCGUCUUCUCAAGCCACCACUCCACCGUGUUUUCCUCUCCGUCUCUCAAUCUUUAGGCGACGCUCCGAUCAUCUCCCUCCGUCUCGGCAACCGACUCCUAUUCGUUGUCUCUUCACACUCAAUCGCCGAGGAAUGCUUCACGAAGAACGACGUCAUACUCGCGAACCGACAAACCACCAUUUCUACAAAACACAUCUCAUACGGCAACUCCACCGUGGUCUCUGCUUCGUACAGCGAACACUGGAGAAAUCUCCGCCGCAUCGGCGCCUUAGAGAUUUUCUCGGCUCAUAGACUCAAUAGCUUUUCCUCUAUUCGCCGCGAUGAGAUCAGGAGGCUUAUAGGCCGUCUCUUACGGAACUCUUCUUACGGGUUUACUAAGGUUGAGAUGAAAUCAAUGUUUUCUGACUUAACAUUCAACAACAUCAUUAGAAUGCUAGCCGGAAAGUGUUACUAUGGAGACGGUAAAGAAGAUGACCCGGAGGCCAAACGCGUGCGGACGCUUAUCGCAGAGGCUAUGAGUUCUUCUGGUCCUGGAAACGCUGCUGAUUAUAUACCGAUCCUGACUUGGAUCACAUAUUCCGAGACACGGAUAAAGAAGCUCGCUGGUAGGCUUGAUGAGUUCUUGCAAGGAUUGGUCGAUGAGAAACGAGAAGGAAAGGAGAAGAAGGAGAACACGAUGGUUGAUCACUUGCUUUGUCUGCAAGAAACCCAACCAGAGUACUACAUGGACCGCAUCAUCAAAGGAACCAUGCUUUCUCUUAUAGCAGGGGGGACUGAUACAACAGCGGUAACAUUGGAAUGGGCAUUGUCAAGCUUGUUGAACAAUCCUGAGGUGCUGAACAAGGCCAGAGACGAGAUCGACAGAAUGAUCGGUGUAGACAGGCUUUUGGAGGAAUCAGACAUCCCAAAUCUUCCUUAUCUACAGAACAUUGUAUCUGAAACGUUACGUCUGUACCCUGCAGCCCCUAUGCUGCUUCCUCACGUAGCCUCGAAAGAUUGUAAAGUUGGGGGAUACGAUAUGCCGCGUGGGACGAUGCUAUUGACUAAUGCAUGGGCUAUACACAGGGAUCCCCUGCUAUGGGAUGAUCCAACGAGCUUCAAGCCAGAGAGGUUCGAGAAAGAAGGAGAGGCUAAGAAGCUAAUGCCGUUCGGGCUAGGAAGAAGGGCAUGUCCUGGAUCCGGUUUGGCUCAGCGGCUAGUGACCUUGAGUCUCGGGUCUUUGAUUCAAUGUUUUGAAUGGGAGAGGAUUGGAGAAGAAGAGGUCGAUAUGACUGAAGGUCCAGGACUCACAAUGCCGAAAGCUAGACCGUUGGAAGCUAUGUGCAGAGCACGUGACUUUGUUGGUAAAAUCUUACCCGACUCCUCUUGA